CGACUGUCAAAACAAAAUUCUGAGUGAGAGAACCGGACCUAAUAAAAAUUUUUACUGUAAUAAGAAUUUUAUGCGUUAGAGCGAGUAAGUGGAAAUGAAGCAAAAUUUGACAGCUUUGAUCACAGAGGCUGUGACUUUAGCAAAAGUUUGACAUCUUUGAUCACAGUAGGCUGUAAAUAAAAGCGUUAAUUUUGCAAAAACAUUUGAAGAUUGCCGAAACAUUGCGAUUUAAUCAUAUAAUUAAGUCAGGCUCCACACCAGCAUAUCCACCACCUUCAACGCCGCCACCAAUAAACAGCGCUGCAUACAUUAUUCGCAAUGGAUUUGUCACCACUGUUCCUGGGAGAUACCGAAGCGCUCUCUCCACCACGCACGAGCAACACAGAUGUAGCCCUACAUAGAAAGCGCUUUCAUGUGGCACUGCCUUACGAGGAGCGCUUUGUCUCCCAGCCAACAGUAACCACCAACACGGGUGUAGCCACUACAACAACAACAAGCAACACAGGUCAACAAUUUACCUUGUCUCACCUGCUGGAGAGGCAAAAAGAAAUGUUUGAUGGCGUCAUGGCCGCCAUUGGAAGGGUUGAGUCAAAGGUGGACGGAAUAGCAAAUGCUCUGGCCGAAAAGAUGCCCGAACGCGCGGAAGUUCAAGCUCAAGGGCAGCUACUGCGAGAGUGCAAAGUGGUGACCUCGAAAGUUCACCAAAGUAUUUCCCGAAUCACUGGAGAUGCUAUUAGUAAAGAGCAUACUUUGCUUCAAAGUAUGCUUCCACUAUCAUCCCAGGAAAAGUUAAAUACUUUGGAGAAUCUUUUGGGAAACAAACCACACUCCGAUGCGAUGCUGAACAUAAUUUUAAAAUUGAAGGGUGCUAAGGGUUGUGUGAAACACGUGUUGAGAAGCAUUUUUGCCGACACUCUACUCAUUUCAUACAAUUAUGAGGGCAAAGCCAACAAAGCUCCACUUCUGGGGCUAAAAACAAUAGAAUUAGUUUUCGAUGCGUUUGUGAGUAUGCCCAAAAUUGACCUCAUUGCGGAAAUCAGAAAGCACGUGUUCCUAAGCCACAAUAGGUACAAACAAAUUGUAAUAAAAAAAAAAAUUAAACAUAAUAACAAAUCUAACAAUAAUUAAUUUAAUUGUCUUAUUAUUAAUCUCUAAAAAAAUGUAACAUAAAAAUUUAAUAACUUUCCAAUCUAAAUUUCAAAAACGUUAUUUAAAUACGGCUAUUCGGGAUUUUUUGUAUAUCGACCGCGGAGUGGAAG